CCCUCUCUCUCAUAUUAUCUUUUUUUCUUCCAUAGUUUUCUCUUCUCUGCAUUUCCACCUCUUCUUCUCUUCUCGCCGACUCAUCCACUAUCGAGCUGGCGCUUCUCUCCCGAUCCCCCUAGCAUCUUCUCCGCACCGCCAAACCCAAGCCAAUCAAAUCCAAAUCUGAGAGAGAGAUGGGCAUUCCUCCGGUGAGGCCACCGCGCAUUACAAAGUAUCUAAAGCCUUAUGUUCUGAAAAUGCACUUUACAAACAAAUUCGUAACUGCCCAAGUAAUCCACACACCAACCGCCACAGUAGCUUCUUCUGCAAGCUCCCAGGAAAAGGCCUUGAGAGAAAGCAUGGAGAUACGCCGCGACGUUGCUGCUGCUGCAAAGAUAGGGAAGAUAUUAGGGGAGCGCCUCCUGCUCAAAAACAUCCCUGCUUUAUCCGUCCAGUUGAAGAAAGAACAGAAAUAUCAUGGUAAGGUUAAAGCUGUCGUUGACAGUGUGGUGGAAGCCGGUGUCAAACUCCUCUGAUUUCGACUGCAGGUAUCAGUUCAGUUAGUUUUUCUAAUUGUGAUCAUGAACACCAUUGGAAAUUCAAAUUCUGAUUGUUGAUGCAAUAGAGACUUCUUUUAGAAA